GCAGGCUCUUUAUCCCUGGGUCAACUUCCCUCAACCCUCAGCUAGCGUUUCCGAUGAUGCAACUACGCCCACCGAGGCUAGCUUCGGCGAUUCUCUUCACGAAGAUGGCCAGAAGGAUGAGGAAAACGAUGGAGAUGACGAGGAGCAGGAUGGGAGCGAAGAUCAGGACGAGGACGAACAGGAGAUCGUGGAGGGUCCACGGAACCAGGAUGACAGCCUUUUGGCCAAACCUCACACCGAAGACGAACUCCCUACUCCUGCCCAAGAUGUGAUCUACGUCAGCGCCCGAACCGCGACAGUCAUGGCAACCAUGUUCGACAAGUCCCUUCACCAGGGCUCCCUCACCUGGCCCGAGUUCACGGCCGCCAUGGUCGAAGUCGGCUUCACCGCGGAAAAGAGAAAGGGUUCCGCACUCGCAUUCGUGCCCGUGCCGUUGGAAGACGGAACCAGUAAGUGGAAUCAGGCGAUUCAGUUCCACAUCACUCACGGCAGCACGUCGUCGAGGGUCGAGGGGUAUCGGUCGCGCAAGAUGGCUCACAGAUUGACGAGGGCUUUUGGAUGGAAUGCGAAGACGUUCCAGAUUGCUUGAUUGCUGGAUGGCAUGAGGCGGUAUUGUGAAACGGGCAGCGAAACCAUGCGGCUUCUAAGAUUUUGCUUCUUUGCUGUAUUGGAGAAGGCUCCGGGGAAUUGCGAGACGUGCGACAUAGAGCUGAGGGGGGGUUGAUAUCGUUCUUGGAUGCUGGCAAGGACACGAU